UUGCGUUUGCGGUACUGCCUUUGUUCCUGAACGCUGCUGGGUGGUUUAUCGAUCAUGCGUAAAGCGUGACUGGAGUUUGUUUUCAUGAAAAGCUCAGAAGAAGGGAUUUCUGCUCGCCUCAGCUGGAACUUGCAUCACCUGCAGAUCACAACUUGGAGUUCAAGGUAUGGAGACCCAUGCGGCCCUACAAAGAGCACACUUCUCCUCCGCAGGUAGCUAGUUCUCACCUGGUGCUGGGCUGCUCCCUCCUGCGCAAACCUCGGCCAGAACCACCGGGAUUUUAAAAGUCCUCAUUCGUGCCCCUCUGCCCAUCCUGAAGGGGCACAAUGGGAGAAAGACGAGCGCGCUCCUUUCACAUGACCUGCCAUGUGCAGCGGGACUACGGCAGCAGGAUGCGGAGCUCCUUCAUACGCUGCAGCCCCAACGGAUGUGCCGGCACAAGCAUCAGCCUCAGCUUGGACCAGGAGAUGGACCUGGCCGCCUCCACCGGUCCCACCGCCGGCUGCGGUGCCUUGCGGGUCCCCGUGCCUGACGUUGGCCACUACUCGUCGGUUUCGCUGGAGAUGGACCCCCCGGCGGUGAAUAAUGGAUCAGGCUUCCCCUGCUUACCUCCAGCUGACACAAAGGAUCCAGAGCUGCAGAUCGCACACAGCCAGCCGUCCGUCACCCCCGUCCCGCCGCCUCUCCCUCGCUCCAGUUGGCUGCGCCAUCACCAGAAGGAGUUCCAGAGUCCUUACAUUAAGACUAGCAUGCAGGGGGAUGUUUACAACUUUCUAGAAAGACCCGCGGGGUUGAAAUGCUUCCUCUACCACUUUCUAGUCUUCCUCAUGGUCUUGGUGUGUCUUAUCUUCAGUGUUCUGUCCACAAUAGAACAAUAUGCAGACUUUGCUACAGGAACGCUCUUUUGGAUGGAGAUCGUGCUGGUUUUGUUCUUUGGUACCGAGUAUGUGGUCCGGUUGUGGUCGGCCGGCUGCCGCAGCAAAUACGCAGGCAUCAAGGGACGCCUCCGCUUUAUCAGGAAGCCCAUAUCAAUCAUAGAUUUAAUAGUUGUGAUUGCCUCAAUCAUUGUGCUCGGCGUGGGGUCAAAUGGGCAGGUGUUCGCCACGUCAGCCAUCAGGGGAAUCCGCUUUCUGCAGAUCCUGCGCAUGCUGCAUGUGGAUCGGCAAGGAGGAACGUGGAGGCUGCUGGGAUCCGUCGUCUUUAUUCAUCGACAGGAGCUGAUCACCACCCUGUACAUCGGCUUCCUGGGUCUGAUCUUCUCCUCGUACUUCGUCUACUUGGCGGAGAAAGACGCGGUGGACGAAGAGGGCAAGACGGGCUUUUCCAGCUACGCUGACGCACUGUGGUGGGGCGUGGUGACAGUCACCACCAUCGGAUAUGGAGACAAAAUUCCUCAGACGUGGAUAGGGAAGGCCAUUGCCUCCUGUUUCAGUGUCUUCGCUAUCUCUUUCUUCGCUCUACCUGCUGGGAUUUUGGGUUCAGGAUUUGCCCUCAAAGUCCAGCAGAAGCAGCGACAGAAGCACUUCAACAGACAGAUCCCUGCUGCGGCCUGCCUCAUCCAGACACUCUGGAGGUGUUACGCUGCGGAGAAACCAAACGGCUGUGCUGCUACGUGGAAAAUGUACGUCUUGACUCCAGAGGGUGUAGCCGCAGCUCAAGCAGACAACGGCAGUCCGAGCAUCAAGAAGCUGAACCUAGCGAAAAAGGGGACUAAAAGACGGCUGAAGUCCAAAGGAACCGGAUCUUUGGGUGUUGCCUCAGAGAGGGCCGUGUCCAUCCCCCAAAUCACCUAUGAUCACAUUGACGACUCAAUGGAAAAGAAGGACGUCUCAUUUUUCAUCGAAGAGCCAAGAGGGACAGCUGAAGGGAUUACCAGGACGUUCAGGAAAACAGGCCCUCCUCACCACUCUUGGUCAUCUUUCACUCUGAGCUGCCCUUCUUCCCCAGUAAAGGGGAGUGGCAAUAAAAGUGCGUCCAUAGACAUCUCCCGCGCCAACAGCCUAACCGAUGACCUAGAUGACAUGAGUGAGGAUAUUCCCUUGGCGGUGGUCACCAACAAGAACCAUCGGUUGACCUGCCCCUCCAUGGCAUUGGUUCAGGACUCUUUAUCCACACAUCAGUUAAAUUCUUCAAGGUUAUCCCAUGCCCAGAGGUCUGCUGUGAAAGUUCUGCGCAGAAUGCAGUACUUUGUGGCCAGGAGGAAAUUUCAGCAAGCUCGGAAGCCCUAUGAUGUGCGAGACGUGAUCGAGCAGUAUUCCCAGGGUCACCUUAACAUGAUGGUUCGCAUCAAGGAGCUGCAGAGAAGGCUGGAUGGCACCCUCGGGAAGCCAGGAAUGUUUCUGCCAGGAAAGGGAGAAGAUAAAGAGUACCCAACCAUUGGAGCACGCAUGAUCAGAAUGGAAGAUAAGAUUCAACAGAUGGACCGGAAAAUGGACUCCGUCCUGCGGAUUCUGACGGAGCAGUUCCCACCCAAGCCGGAUCUGACGUCCAAGCCGUCCUUCCGCCGGGUGACCAUCCAGAAGCGUAUGGGCGCCAGCAUCGACGAGGCGCCCUGAGGGAUGACCGCGCCAGUGUGCAGGGCGAUUAAAACACUGGGACUUCACUUCAACAGCUUAACCCCCCCUCAUAUAAAAUAUUCUCACAAAGCAUCAGGGGUCUCAGUCUUCCACAACGUUCUCUUUUCUUGUUUUUCUUCUCCAUCGGCCUCUGCCGGCUGAGAAGUCAGUCCAACCGACCUCAUUCUCUGGACUAGCGACGGCUCCUGUGACGUCACUGCAGCACCCGAUCGCUCAGCCACCAACAUGAUCUAUGAAUCUAUUUCUUUCUUUCAUGGUGGAGCGUACCACUCCGUGAUGUUCAUUUAUGUGUGGCCUGUCAUUGAGCAGCAUUCCUCCCUUCCAAAUAUUAUCCCAGAGCUAACUAAGCGCUUAAUGAAGUCGUAAUGCAAUCGAAGCGCUCUGGUUUCUCGAUGGCACUUGAAGGAAAACACAACCGAGCCGAGCCGUUCCUCAGAUCCGCCUGAUUAUCUUGGCUCAACCGGCACCAACCCAACAGCGCCGCAGACACACAUCCAUCCGGCCGGACUGGACUCGGAUUGAAUCGAGCGUUUGUUUGUGGAAACUGGAUAAUGCAGGGAGUGGAAAAGAAAGAUUACCUGUUGGUUUUGCCCCAACUGGACUGCAGUUGCAGUGGCGAUGACUUGCUGCCACAGCAGUCGAAUUCAACGCACCCUGUGCUUUUAAAUGGAUAAAUAGGAUUUUUUUUAAAAAAAGUAUUCUGAAUAAUAAUUCCCUUACUUGUUGGUGGAGGUAAAAUGGUUUUGUUGGAUUUAUAGAAAUCCUAGAGAUGGUGGGAAGCUAACAGCUUGCAGGCGGAUCCCCCUAUCCAGCUGAUUUCAGCAACUUGAAACUGAAGGUGUUUCUACUAACGCUGCUAUUUUAGAGGAUGUUGUUUCACAUGAGGCUGUGGUUAAUUGUGUUGCUGCUUUUCCUGCCAAACACACCUGAAUACAUCCAGAUAGAUCGCCGGAGCUUCAGACUGUCGGCUAAUCAGGAGAUGAAUCGCCGCGUUGCAACUGUUGACGCCUUUGCAAAAAUAAUUGCAUUCAAUAUUCUAAUUAUUGAUUACUAUUAAUCGAUAAUUUAAUUAUUUUAAAGAUUUAGACAACCCAGGUUUAAGCUAGUGAGCAGGGUUAAUACAGUUAGCAUCGUCAACUAGCAUAACUUUAGCGGAGCGUCACAGGUUUUACACUAACAGUCUACAAACGUGACUAUCUUAUACUAACGUGUGAAGGAUUAAUAAUCCCAGUUAUGCUGUCGUAUCCUAUGAUUAUGGCUGCUAGUCUCAGCUAGCAUCUAGGUAGCUGUUAGCGUUCCAGCACUUUACAAACUCACUGCCAUGUGAGUAAAUGAAUUACUACCGAUCACUUUAUAGAAGCUGACUUCAAAAAAUAUUUAGUGUCCAUUUACAAAAAAAAAAGAAUAAUAAUGAUAAUAAUAGAAGAUUCAAGCACUCCACACCAAUAGUUAAACUGCAAAACAAAUGUUUUUAGUUUGUUUUUGUUUUUCUUGCUGUGAUUGAAUGUCUUGUCCAAAUCUUACGUUUUUGGCGAGAUUUUUAUAAAGUGAUUUUGAAGUGAAGAUUUUUAAGAACUCUUCUUUUUUUUUUCUUAUGUAUGUUUACUUUACAAACCUUUGGGCAAACGACGACAUCACUGCCUAAUUUUGCACAUGCCCCACUAUUGCUUUGGGUAUCAGUGGUGCGUUACGUUUCCGGCAGUUUCUGAGUUUCAAGUCAGAAAAACAAACUGACCAACUGAGUUUGGACAAAUGUUAAAGAUCAGAUCUGAUAAGGGUACGACACAUUUAAAGGUAAACUUGUUUGCGUCAAAUUCUGAGAUAAAUUGAAAGCAGCACAAGCAAGUACUAAAAAUGACCUCAAGUAUGGUCACGCUUCUUGAGGGCAUUGUUUUUGUUGUUAGCGUUUGGCUAGUUAGCUUUUGGGCAAGUUAGAUGUUGCUUCAGCCCAAGUUCUGGGUGUGAAAUAAAGGCACUUUCAUGCUCAUAUUGACAAGAAACUAUUUUUAGGGAGAAGAAGAAUAAUGCAGAAAAUGCAGGAUGUUUAUUUUUGGACUUUGAGAGAUAGAGAAAUACACUCCUGAUCCUGAACUUUUUCACACUGGGAAAGAAAUGAUAAGUACUCGCAUCUCGGUGUGCAGGACCCUCACCAGCUUGUGAGCAGAGCAUCAAAAUGCAAAAGGAAGGAAAAGGAACAAUAGACUAAAUAAAUGUUAAGUAUAAAAAAUUUCAUGUUAACUCAAACAGGCCAUUAGUUGAUCAAAAGCUUCAAACAAUUAACUUUAAAAGGGAAAAAUCAGUGCUUAAAAUCUGGCUUGUAUGGCCUCUUCUGUCCGGCAGUGACGUGUGAUAAUCAUAUGUGACGUCUCAUUGGACAUGGGACAAAGCACAAAGUCACACUGCCAUUUUAAACUUAUUAAAACAUCUUGUGGGACAAAAAGGUGAGAGGUUACACUCCCUCAAACCUCCCUAAGGAUCCCACAGGCUGAACACAAAAACACUGACAGGCCCAAAGUCAAGGCACUUAGUGGAGCUGAUUUCAGACUAAAAACCUUAAGACAACUUUAAAAACAUCUUUAAGGACUACAUAGCAGGUAAGUAAGUAGGGUUUAUUUCUGAAGCUUUUCAUAGACAUAAAAUCACAGAUUGGUGUACGAUAAAAAUCAACUCAUCCAUAUCAAUACAUGAAACAACAGCAGGAGUCAUCAGACAGAGGACUCUACCACAAGAACGUCGUCCUGAUGUUGGUUUGUUCUCCAUGUUCUCUUAAAUCACAGCAUUUAGGAGAACAUGGCAGACGUCAGCUCCCGGCUUCAAAGCUCUACUAAUGCAACCGGGUUCAGAUCCAGCAAGGGCAUUUAUCGUAUCGUUUAUCAAUUUAUCGUGAUUAUUUCCUUAACGUGAUAAGGAUCUACAUGUAUCGUUGUCACUAUAAAUUCCAGCUAACGAUGUGUAAAGGCCUCCAAAGCUGUCCGUAUUGUUUGGUUUUUACUGUUUUUCUCCACCUUUGGUACUUUUUGUUCUAUAAAUGUAUCAAUAAACAUCAAUGAAUUAAAAAAUUUAAUAAUA